CCGUCUCAUACAAACAGCAAAAUCUCCAAUCUCAGCAAUCCGGCGGCAUAUACAAUUUUAUCAUAGGACUUUGCAAAAUUAGACGAACAAGUUUUAUUCGAACCAACUCAAAAUGCCUGUGCUAGCUGUUAUGGACAUUGAUGUGGACGAGGUGUCUGCGAAGAGCGGCAUUGGUUCGUAUUAUUUGCAGAAAAUAUCGGAACUGCAAUUUAUUGUAGCCGAAAAGCAUCUGAAUCUACGCCGCCUGCAAGCUCAACGCAACGAGCUCAACUCAAAAGUACGCUUGCUGCGUGAGGAGCUUCAACUGCUGCAGGAGCAGGGCAGCUACAUUGGCGAGGUGGUCAAGCCGAUGGACAAGCAGAAGGUGCUCGUGAAGGUGCAUCCCGAGGGAAAAUAUGUUGUUGAUGUGGACAAGACCAUCGACAUCAAAGAUGUAACGCCCAACUGCCGCGUAGCAUUGCGCAAUGAAAGCUACACACUGCACAAAAUUCUUCCCAACAAGGUUGAUCCACUUGUCUCGCUUAUGAUGGUGGAAAAGGUGCCCGAUUCAACGUAUGAAAUGGUCGGUGGUCUAGACAAGCAGAUCAAAGAGAUUAAGGAGGUUAUUGAGCUGCCCGUUAAGCAUCCGGAGCUGUUUGACGCCCUGGGCAUAGCACAGCCAAAGGGCGUGCUUCUCUACGGCCCACCUGGCACUGGGAAAACGCUCUUGGCCCGGGCAGUGGCCCACCACACCGAAUGCACCUUCAUUCGUGUGUCUGGCUCGGAGCUGGUGCAGAAGUUCAUUGGCGAAGGCUCUCGAAUGGUACGCGAGCUGUUCGUCAUGGCCCGCGAGCAUGCGCCUUCAAUUAUAUUCAUGGACGAAAUCGAUUCGAUUGGCUCGGCACGCAUGGACUCUGGCUCUGGUGCCGAUUCUGAGGUGCAGCGCACCAUGUUGGAGCUGCUUAAUCAGCUCGAUGGAUUCGAGGCUACCAAAAACAUAAAGGUCAUCAUGGCAACAAAUCGCAUUGAUGUGCUGGAUCAAGCACUUCUGCGUCCUGGCCGCAUUGACCGCAAAAUUGAGUUCCCCCCACCCAACGAAGAGGCGCGUCUGGACAUUCUGAAGAUACAUUCGCGCAAAAUGAAUCUGACGCGCGGCAUAAAUCUGCGUAAGAUCGCCGAACUCAUGCCGGGGGCAUCGGGUGCCGAAGUAAAAGGCGUCUGCACCGAGGCAGGAAUGUAUGCCUUGCGCGAGCGCCGCGUUCAUGUCACCCAAGAGGAUUUUGAGAUGGCUGUGGCCAAGGUUAUGCAGAAGGAAUCGGAGAAAAAUAUGUCGAUCAAAAAGUUAUGGAAGUAAGCUGCUGUUUUGGAUCAAAUUAUUUUUCUCCUAUAUUUCACAAACAAAAUAAAUAAACAUUGCUCUUAGUCGAGUCGAAAA